AUGAGUUCCGAUGGUUUUUCGAAUAAACAGAGCCUGCACUACAUAGUCCGUUCGGGCAUCGCUGGUGGAGUCGCUGGUUGCGUAGCAAAGACAGUCGUAGCACCCCUCGACAGGGUCAAAAUCCUUUUUCAGGCAUCCAACCCGGACUUUCAGAAGUAUGCUGGGACAUGGAGUGGUGCCUUUCGCGCAGCUGGGAAGAUAUACGGAGACAACGGCGUGCGGGGGCUGCUCCAGGGCCAUUCUGCGACCCUACUCCGCAUAUUUCCGUACGCGGCCAUUAAAUUUAUGGCAUACGACCAGAUCGAACAGAUUUUAAUGCCAACGAAGGCCGACCAGACGAACCUCCGUCGUUUCGCAUCCGGCGCCAUCUCAGGAAUGUGCUCCGUCCUAUUCACCUACCCCCUCGAGCUGAUCCGCGUACGCAUGGCGUUCAGCACCCCUUCCUCCGCUCGGCCCGAGCAGACGCCCCAGCGGCACCGCCACUCCUUCCUCCGCGCGAUGCGGCUGAUCUAUCACGAGGGUACGAUCUCUCCCGCCUCCGCAUCCAGCGGGGUGGCCGCGCCCGCCGCGACGCACACGCUCUUCAUGCGCUUCCCUGUGCUCAAGUUCUACCGCGGGUUCACCGUAACGAUCACGGGGAUGGUGCCCUACGCGGGCAUGUCUUUCCUCACCUGGGGCUUCCUGCACUCGCAUCUAUUCCCCGCGCACCCGCCCCAGAAGCCUUCACCCGUAGCGGACCUCGCGAUCGGCGCGGUGUCGGGCGCGCUCGCGCAGACGGUAUCGUACCCGUUCGAGGUCGUGCGCCGGCGCAUGCAGGUCGGCGGCAUAACGCGGCCAGACCGCUGGAUGCGCUGGGGGGAGACCGUGCGCGCUGUGUGGGAUGUGCACGGGUGGCGUGGAUUUUAUGUGGGCUUGAGCGUCGGGUACCUGAAGAUCGUGCCGAUGACCGCAGUGAGUUUUACAGUGUGGCAAUGGGGGAAGCGGGUGCUCGGGCUAUGA